AUGCAAUUGUUGAUAUUAACAUUGUUUUCAACGAUAUAUGUUGUGUUUUCAAGUGGAGUUCAGUCGUUAUACACGGAAAAGGACCAUGUUCUUGAACUGGAUGUGAACAACUUCAAUUCUUCCGUAUAUCACCAACCCCGAGCCUUCUUCGUGGAGUUUUAUGCUUCAUGGUGUGGGCAUUGUAUUCAUUAUAAACCUACAUGGGUCAAGUUUGCCACACAGUUGAGGCAUUGGUCUAAGACGGUGCAGGUAACGGUGGUGAACUGUGCUGAUGAGAAGAACAGUCCACUGUGCCGGGAACAUGCGAUUGCGGCUUUCCCAACUGUUAAGGUAUGUUACUUUGUUUUGUUUUUGAUGUUUAGAAGAAAGAGUUAACAAACUUGGUCUGGUUUUUGCUGUGUUACAUCAAUUUCCACAUCACCUAUCAAAUAAUAUAAAAACUUAAUUUUCAGUACUUCAAACUCAACAGCGCGUCAAAGGACGAUGGUCAAUUAUACGAAGGAGACAAAUAUAAUCUGCCAGACAUGACGAGGUCAGUCGUUUCACAUGUUAAAGCUGAUUAUGAUAGUAAUCAUCCAGCUAAUUGGCCAAAGUUGGAUCUGUCUCCAGAAUCGGCUAUACUGGAGUCACUUUGGGCUGAAGCUGGUGUUGAAGCUGGUUUAAUGGCGUUGGUUAUUGAUAACGAACCUUAUGGAGAUGGCUUUGCGGUAGGUGAAAAAUUAUGAUGGAUUUUUUGAUGUUAUAGUAGGUGGAGGUAGUGAAUCACUAAAAAUGACGUUUUACGUAAAGUUAGAGGUGGUUUUUUGGAAGAUUAGGUAUUAUUUGAGAGAAAAUGAAAUUUUACAUAUUUUAAGGUAAGAAUAUAGAAACUUAAAUCACUUUACAUCAAGUUGUAAUCAAAAGAAAUCCAUUUUAGACCAAGAUCAACUAUCAAAGCGCAGAACAAGUGUAUGUAGCUGUAAUAUCCUCAAAGCACGCUUUGGCUACACAAUUUGGAGGCGUAGCUGUCCCGUCAGUCCAGGUUUUUAAACGAUCUCAGCCAAAUUCACCAAUUUAUUCAUCUAAUGAAGCUUUCAACUUUGAUAAGAUAUCCACUGAAAUCGACCGGAUUUUGGAGGAAAAUGGUGCUCAACAGAAGGUAAAAUACGAUUUACGAAGAAUUUGUCACAAAUUUUUGUUAACUUUUUUGUUUUUGAUGAAAUUUGGGUAUAAAAGUGGCAUUAGUUAUAUUAUGUUAAGUUGAGGUCAAGUGUAAUAUAAUCUUUUAUUAGUUUUUCACUGAAGUUUGGUAUAAUAGUGUACCAGUUGGCAUUAUAAGAUAUUAUGAAGUCAUUCCACAUCAAAAUCUCAUUAUUUCAGCCCCCAGCCCUAAACGCCGCGGCAGCAGCGGCCAGUCCAACAGUAAGCCCAGUGGUCGAUUGGAAACAGUUCGAAGUUCAAUACAUGGACUUGGUAUCCUCUUUACAUUACAUGUUGACACAAGAGAUUCCACGAAGAGAAGUUAUUGAAAAAGAGCAUCUGAAGGCUUUGAAGGACUUUGUUCAUGUCAUGAGGAAGUACGUGCCAUUAUCAGCACCAGUCCGACGGCUUUUGCUCAGACUGGACGAGUAUGUACAGCCAAUCACUACAAGGUUGCUGGCUACUGAGUGGUUGGCUAAAUUAAAGGAGAUUCAGGUAAAAUUCUUUUUUAAAUUUAAAAAAAAAUUUUGAAAUUUUGAAAAAAAAAUUUAAUUUUAGAAAUUUUCGAAAAAUUCAAUAUUUAACUUUUUUGAAAUUUUGAAUUUUCAGGAAGAGCUAGGUCACCCAGUCCCAGCCAAGACCGAUUACAAAGCCUGCCGCGGCUCUAAACCUUUCUUACGUGGUUAUACCUGCGGCCUAUGGACUCUCUUCCACACUAUAACUGUAGAGGCUUAUAAACAAAACAAGCACGGUAAGGCUAUUGCUGGUUUUUGGGUACUGUAAUUUUAAUUGUUUUGAGUUUCUGUAAUUUAGUUGGGUUGGGGUUACUGUACUUUUAUUGGUUUCGGGUUACUGUAACUUUGUUUUUAGGGAUUUAAACAUUAAAAAAUGUUGUUUGGCAUUAGGUUUUUCUAGUUUUGAUAGGGACAGGGUAAAAAAUAACCUAUAAUAAGGUUUUUUAUAAAAUUUUUUAUCGACCGGUCGAUUUUACAAAAAAAUUUUUCUUUGUAAAAUUUUAUUUUUAAAGGUCUAUUUUUAUGAAAACUAGGCCUAAGAUUAGUUUUUUAAUGUAUUUUUAAGUUAUCGACCGGUUGAUUUUGCAAAAAAAAUUUAUAAGCCUAAAAUUAGUCUUCUAUAUACUUUUAAAUUAUCGAACAGUCAAUUUUGCAAAAAAAAUUUUUUUUGUAAAAAUGCAUAUAACGUAUUUUACCAUUUUACUACCUACAAGAAACAAAACAACAAAAACUUUGCUUUCAGACCCCAACUUCAAGCCAGGAUACGACGUGUUAGAGCCCAUCCACCAAUUCAUCUACAAUUACCUCAGCUGUGUCGAAUGCGCCAAAAACUUUGACAAAAUGGCCCGAGGCGAGAAUGGCGUGUUGGAUCAGAAGAACCCGGAAGACGUCGUUCUUUGGCUGUGGAACGCUCACAACCGUGCCAACAAGCGAUUGUCAGGAGAUGCAUCGGAAGACCCAAUGUUCAAGAAGCAGCAAUUCCCGAACAAUGCAUUAUGUUUGGCAUGUCACAAGCCGGAUGGCAGCUUUGAUCAGGCUGAAGUACUCAAGUUCAUGGUGCAAUACUUCUCGGACAUCAAGGUCGAUGGAGUUAGGGUUGGUUUUUUGGAAGGUUUUGGGCUUUAAGGGGUGUUUUUGUUGAUUUUUGAGAUAUUUUGUUAUAAAUUGUGCAAAAGUAGGUUAAAUUAUAUUGUAGUAGGUAAUAAGGUAUAUUGUAGUAGGCAGUGCCGGGCGGGGACUUGUGGUCUGGGGGCGGGGGUCGAAAAUAUUUUUACCAAAAAUCCACAGGGGGGACCACGUUAAACUUUUUUCGAAUUUUUUUUUCAAAAAAAAUUUUUUUAAUUUUAUUUUUAAGGAAUAAUACUGAGAUUUGAAGCUAAUGUCUUGUCGUUUUUCAGCCAGAACCAGGCUACAAAGUAUCCGAAUUCAAUAAUGGAAAACUGGAGAAAGUGGCCCAAAAACAUUUGAAUCCCAAAUUCGCUGGAAUGGCCGGCAAAGUGGACCGAAUGGAAGAGACAGAGCGGAGAUUGAAUGAACAACUCAACGAAUUACCUCAGGGUAAGAAAUUUUAAUUUUUUAUAAGAAUAAAAUUUUUUCUAAAGUAAGCCUAAAAACAAUUUUUGAAGCCUAAAAUCAACUUAUAAGCCUAAAAUCUCUUUUUAAGCCUAAAGUUAAUUUUUAAGCCUGAAAGUCAACUUUUAAGCUUAACAUUAAUUUGUGAGCCUAAAACCACUUUUUAAGCUUAAAAAUUAUCUUUUUAAGCCUAAAGUCAAUUUUGAAGUUUAAAAAAAUUUUUGAUUUUAAAAAUCUAUUUCUAAGCUUCAAAGUUUAAUUUUUAAGCCUAAAAUUUCUUUUUAGACAUAAACAUAAACUUUUAAGCCUAAAAUCAACUUCUAAGCUUAAAAGUCAGUUUUUAAAUCUAAGCUUAAUUUUAAAGCUUAAAUUUUGGUUCUAAGCCUAAAAAUGAACUUUUAAACCUAAAAAUCAACUUUUAAGCCUAAAAUUAACUUUCAUGUUCAAAAUUAAUUUUUAAGCUUAAAACCACUUUUUAAGUUUAAAAUUGAACUUUUAAGCCUAAAACCAACUUAUAAGCCUAAAUGCCAAAUUUUAAUUUUAAAAUUAAUUUUUAAGCCGAAAACCACUUUCUUAAGCUUACAUACUCAUUUUGAAGGCCAAAGCUUACAUUUUAGAAAAAAAUCUUAGAAAAACUAUUUUUUUGAAUUUCAAUUUUUUUAGUCGCUUCCGCCGACCGCACAACGUUCUACCUGGUGUGGAUGGUGAUUGUGGCAUUGUUAGCAUUCGCUUACGUUAAAUAUCGACAGAAUCGAGGCAAAUUCUGGAAGACCUUCUACUACCACGACUACAAAUUGUGAUUUUUUAUUUAUUUUUUUAACUUUCAAAUUUUAAUACGUUUUGAGUCAUUUUUUGCCUACGGAGGUGGUAUUUAUAACUUUUUUUUAUUUUAAGAGGGGGGGGGUGUUUUUUUGAAAAUUUUGAUUUUUUUUUUAUUUUUUGAUUUUUGUACAUAUUUAGUGAAUUUGGCAGUUUACAGUAAUCUUUUUAGGCUAGGCUUUUAAAAAAGCUUUUUCUUUGCUUUGUUUUUAUGUGAAAUUACUGAAAUGUAACGAGUAUGGUUAUUAGUUUCUUUAUGUAUUUGUGUUUGUACAAAGCUGGUUUAAACAACAGUUUAAAGGUUUUUUAAAAUGAUGUUAUAAUAUAGAUUGAACUAAAGUAGCGAGACACUUUCUAUUUAAUUUUUCAACUUAGAUGUGUCUCGCUACUUUUGGUUCCACUUAAUAGUAAUGUAAAUGACAAUAGUAAUGUGAGUGAUAAUAGUAACGGGUUACAAUUACUUAACAAUUCUUUCAUUUUCUUUUUCUUUUCCAUGGUGAUUGUGAAUUGUGUUUCUUCCGAAUGUGAUUUUGAAUAAACGUUUUUUAUGUCUGUCACUGUGGAUUACAGUAAGCUGAUUUGGAGGUUGAGUUAUGACUUUGAUAAGAUUAGAGGUAUACUGUAACUUUUCUUUAUAAAAAUUAGUUUUGUUACUGUAAACUGCCAGAUUUAAGUUAUGAUAGGGUAGAAACGAAUUGUUUUUAAAUUAGGUUAUAGAAGACGGAAUUUUUAAAAAAAAAUUUGGAAAAACAUCCCCCAAAAAUUUAAAAAUUUUUUUUACUUCGCCUUUUUUGAAAACUUGAUUUUUUACCAAAUCAUUGCCAUUCUGACAAAAAAAUUAAUUUUUACUUUUUUUUAACCAUCCCCCCCCCCUCUAAAUUUUUUAAAAAUUUUUUACCCCGCCUUAAUUUUUAUUAGUUUUAUUUUUUACCCCACCCUAACUUAAAAUAUUUUCUAUUUUUACUCCACAAUAACUUAAAAUACAUUAUUUUUAACCCACCUCAAAGUUUGUUACCCAAACUCUCUAACCCAACCUUAAUUUAGACUGCCGUGGAGCAGGAACGCCAGCUCUAACCUGUCGAAAUACGUGGUAUAA